ACGAUUAAGCGUUAAUUUUGGAAUGAAUGAAUCUCUUUUUGUGCAUUGAUAAUGGAAGCAAGAUGAAAAGUAAAACAUAACGUCACCGAACCCACAAAAAUUAAAACUCCCAAUAGCCCGUGUCUGUCCUCACCUCACAUCUACACACUCUACGAACAACGUAGAAGCAGAAAAGAAACCCCAAAAUUUCUAGAUUGAAACUUCUCAAAACCCUAAUUUCACAAUAAAUUCAAUUCCUUCAACCAGAUCUAAAAAAAUCAUGGAGAAACAGUUCAAAGUCCCACCGGUAUCUUUUCCAUCCGCUGGAAACCCCACUAUGACCGGUCCAAAUCUUCAACAACGUCGUUUACCCACACCUCCGUUCCAGCCUAACUCUGGCAUCCCUUUCAUGUCAUUCGACAUAGGUUCCGCCGCCGUAUCCACUUCCUCCGGUCCAAUUUACUCCGGUCCCGGCAUCGGCGGUGGUUCUGCUAACUUUGACGACGAGGAGCCUCUCCUCGACGAGCUCGGUAUUCAUCCUGACCAAAUCUGGAGCAAAAUCAGAUCGGUUCUUAAUCCGUUUCGUGUGAACCACACUGUGCACAAAGACGCUGAUCUAUCUGGUCCAAUUCUUCUCUACAUGUCUUUUUGCCUCUUUCAAUUACUCGCCGGAAAAAUUCAAUUCGGUGUGAUAUUAGGUUGGAUCGUUGUUUCUUCGAUCUUCUUAUACGUUGUUUUCAACAUGCUGGCUGGUCGAACCGGAAAUUUGGAUCUUCAUACCUGCACCAGUGUUGUUGGUUAUUCUAUGUUGCCGGUGGUGAUUUUCUCGGCACUGUCGCUUUUUCUUCCGCAGGGAGGUUUCUUUGGACUCGCGAUCGCUGCCGUUUUCGUGUUGUGGGCCACUAGAGCUUCGACGGGUCUUGUGGUUUCUCUUACAGAUGGUGGCGAUGAACAUCGCGGGUUGAUAGCGUACGCAUGUUUCUUGAUUUACGCUCUGUUUUCGUUGCUUGUUAUAUUCUAGGGACGUGUUUACUGAUGAGAUUCUUUGGAUCAAAGUGGUUAUGUUUUUGGAUUUAGUGAACACUUUAUUUUUCAUAUUCCCUUGUUGCAUUUUGAACCUUGUUAUUUUGUGUUUCAGUUAUAUAUGAUGAUGAUAUAGAAAAUGAAGUUAUUGCACUUGAUUGAAUGUUUUAGUUUAAAA